AAAAAAAUUUCCAGAAACCGGAUUUCAUCAAACGGGGAGAUUUUUUUUUUUACCGUUGGAGGUGGAAACAAAAUUUUUUUCCAGCCAGAGGGGUGAAAAAAUUUUUCUGGAAAUUUUUUUUUAUCGUUGGAGGAAGGAAGGAAGGGAAGGAAGAAGGGAGGAGGAAGGGAAGGGAAGGAAGAAGGGAGGAGGAAGGGAAGGGAAGGAAGAAGAAGGGAGGAAGAAGAAGGGAAGAAUGGAAGGAGAAGAAGGGAGGAGGAAGGAAGGAGGAAGAAGGGAAGGAGGGAAGGAGAAGAGGGGAAGAGGGCACGGCUAGGAGGGAAGGAGAAGAGGGGAAGAGGGCACGGCGAGGAGGGAAGGGGAGGAGGGCACGGCGAGGAGGGAAGGAGAAGAGGGGAAGAAGGGCAGAAGGGGAGGAGGGCACGGCGAGGAGGGAAGGAGAAGAGGGGAAGAGGGGAAGAAGGGGAGGAGGGCACGGCGAGGAGGGAAGGAGAAGAGGGGAAGAAGGGGAAGAGGACAAAAGGAAAGGAAAGAGGAAAGAGCGAUGAAGUAAAAGCUCACCCGUGGAUGACCAAAGCUUCCCGACGGAUAACUAGAGCUCACUGCUGAACGUUUGGGCCCCGUUUGCAGCACACACAUGGCAGUGACAGAGAAAGAAAGAGGGGCAAGGGCUGCCGGAUGGGUAGAGAGAAGAGCCGGCGGCACUCAAUCUUGAGAAAGAGGGAGAGAGCUCUCACCUAUGAUGGCGGCAAAUUGAGAGAGCAGCAACCCCUUCACAGCUUAGCCGGUGAGGGGAGAGAGAAAGUUUUGCGACAAUUCACCGAUCACCCUUCUUUUGUCCUUCAUCUUAACCAGAAACAUGAUCACCCCUCUUCCUUCCUUCUUCAUCUUAACCAGAAACAUAUUUCUUUUUAAUCAAACUUUUCUAGAAAUUUAUUUCUCAAACGCCCCCUUAUUCAAUCAUGCUUUCUCAGUUUUUUUAAUCUGUCAAUACAACGUAGUGGGUUUGAAAAUUGUAAUCAACCAAUGAACAUACGCAAACUGUAUUUGCAAAAUAUUUCAUUUCAUUUGAUUUUCAUGAACCCAAUAUUACUAGAAAGGGCUUUUUUCAUUCAGAUAUAACUUUAUACUAAAAAGAAGGGGAUUCGACCUGCAGACCACCUCCCUGGUGAGACGUCUGGUGCUCACGUUUGACUUCAGUUUUUGGGCACGGCUUAAUUAGGAGAGUAUCACUGUUUCCUUGAAGUUAAUGGCACAACUACUGUUCCUUCCUUCCUUGAGAAAUCAGCUCCAAGUGAUUAAAAAAAUUUCCCUUGCCCAUCAAAGGCAGGAUAAAAAAUAUUGUUGUUGAAGGGUUUUCGAAAAUAUGGUGGGACAGGGUUAGGCCUCUGGCAGAAGAUGACCUCCGCCUCCUCCUGCUGCUCAUGCUCCGGCCUCCUCCUACUUCAGCUGCUGCUGAGCAGCUUUGCCUGCCCCAUGAUCCAUUGAGUGGACAACUGAAGCUCUGCAUGAAGUUAGCGAAGCCCCGAGAAUCUAAGGAAAAGAAAGCGACUCGAAGCAAACGCUUCGCCAAAAUGGCUUCGCUCGAGCGUCUCGUUAAUGGAGAGACGUGGGAGGGAGAGAUUUUCUCCAUUGCAUCAAGAUUUGCCGGUGAAGAAGCUUCAUUCCUCGUUGUGGGGAGUCUUGGGACGGUGGGAAGCUUGGAGAAAGAGGGUUUUUUGGUUUUUAACACCAAGAAGGUAAGAAAUAACUCAUUUUUGCCGUUGAAUCGUUCAUUUCUCUUAUUUCCUACAUUUAUUUGUAUGUUUUUACUUGUUUUGUAAAGAUAUAAUGUCGGAUCCUGCAUGGCAGUGGUGUACAAGGGUGAAUCCCAAAAAUAGAUUAAGAGUUAAGUGCAAUUAUUGUAAGCAAAUCAUAUCAGGAGGGAUUUCUCGCUUUAAACACCAUAUAGCUGGUACACACAGCGAUGUGGCUGCUUGCAAUGGCUCCCAAGAGAUCCCAUUGCCAGCGUAUGUAAAGCACCAGUGUCAGCAACUUCUUGAUGCAGUGAAAGCAAGUAGGAUUGAAAAGGACAUGGAAGAUGCGGAGGAAGGAUAUGGGGACCCACAUGAAGGAGAAGAAAGUGAAGGUGAAGAUGUUCAACUUGAACAAGAAGAUGUUGGUGUCAGUUUGAAAACAACUAAAGGGAAAGGCAUCAUGCAUGGUGGUGGUUCUUCUGCAACCAGAAAAAGAAGAGGUGCAAGUGUAAGUUCAGUUUCACGAGGACGUGGCAGAAGUCAGGGUCGUACUGGUGGUGGUAGAGUACCUACUAUGAAGUCGAGCAAUAUGUCUGGUUCGAUCAAGAAUUUUUUUCCCAAUUAUACUGCUGCUGGUGCUCAGCCUGAGAUUCGUAUAGCCAUGCAAUCAAAGGAUAUUAUUGAAGCAGCAGAUGAAACCAUAGGAAGGUGGUUCUAUGAUGCAUCCAUUCCCUUCAAUGCAGCAAACUCUUAUCAUUAUCAGCCUAUAGCAGAUGCGAUUGCUAGUGUAGGGCGAGGGUAUAAAAUGCCCUCUUUUCAUAAAUUGCGAGGUAAAAUUCUCAACAAUAUAGUUAGAGAUGUGAAGACAUAUUGUGAUGAACUAAAAUUGAGCUGGAAAGCUACAGGAUGCAGUGUAAUGGCAGAUGGGUGGACAGACAUCAAGAACAGAACAUUGGUAAACUUCCUUGUAUAUUGCCCUCUUGGUACUAUGUUCUUAAAAUCUGUUGAUUUGUCUGAUACUCCUAAGACUGCUGAUGUGUUGUUUGGGAUUUUUGAUAAAGUUAUAGAAGAAGUUGGGCCUGAAAAUGUCGUACAAUUUAUCACUGAUAAUGCAGCAAAUUAUAAAGCUGCAGGUGAAAUGUUAGCAGCACGAUAUGGGACAUUUUAUUGGAGUCCAUGUGCUGCUCACUGUGUAAAUCUUAUGCUUCAGGAUCUUGGUGAAAGGGAUGAUAUGAAGUUGACAGUUCACAGAUGCCAAGAAAUCACGAAGUUUAUUUACAAUCAUGCUUAUGUCUUGAAUUUGAUGAGGAAAUUCACAAAUGGGGCUGAAUUGAUUCGACCUGCACAAACACGGUUUGCUACAAAUGUUUUGACUGUGCAGGGUAUAGUCAAGCAAAGAACUUCUCUCAGGCAGAUGUUUUCAAGUGAUGAUUGGGCUGCAUAUCCACAUGCCUAUAAAAGAAAGGCUACGACAGUUGUGGAUACCAUCUUCGAUGUUGACUUUUGGGAAUCAUGUGUGCACUUAUUGAAGAUUUGUGUACCUCUAGUGAAAGUCCUCAGAUUAGUUGAUAGUGAAGAUAGACCUUCUAUUGGAUAUUUAUACGAGUCUAUGGAUAGAGCCAAGGAGGCCAUUAGAGAUAAUAUGAAGGGAAAAAAGAAGUUGUACAUGCCUAUAUGGAAGAUUAUAGAUGAAAGGUGGUCUGGACAACUUCAUUGCUCACUUCAUGCAGCAGCCUACUACCUAAAUCCUGCUAUUAGAUAUCUUCCCACUUUUAAGAAGGACAGAGAGGUCGAGUAUGGCAUGUUGGAUUGCAUUGAUGUGUUAGUAAGUGACAGUAAAGAACAAGACGCUAUCCAUAUGUCGAUCAACAAAUAUGAUACGGCUUCUGGUACCAUGGCGAGAGACACAGCAGUUCGAUGCAGGACAACUAUGCGUCCAGAUUUGUGGUGGGAAAGGUUUGGGCCUGAUUGCCCAGAAUUAAGGAAGCUUGCAAUUAGAAUCCUCAGUCAAACAUGUAGUGCAACUGGAUGUGAAAGAAAUUGGAGUGUAUUUCAGCACAUCCAUAGUAAGAAGAGGAAUAGGCUGGAACAUAAAAGGUUGAAUGACCUUGUUUAUGUUCGUUAUAAUAUGAAGUUGAGACAAAGGCAACUAGAAACAACAUCUACGAGGAAGCAUCACAAUCAAUAUGAUCCUAUCUUCAUUGACCAUUUUGAUAUAUUAGAUUCUUGGGUUGAAGAAGAACCAGCUGCAAUACUUGAUGAGGACGAUCUUGAUUUUUUGAAUGUUGAAGGAGCAGCAGAGAUUGUUGAAGAAGGAGAGGUUGGGUCGGAGCAAUGGAAUGUUGGUGACAUUCCAUUUGCAACAGAGGGGAUAGAAGAAGAAGUUAUUGAAGAAAAUGAAGAUGAUGAUGAAGAAUGAAGAUGAUGAUGCAAAUGACGAUUGACGAUGCUUUUUGUUUUGAGUUUUGAAAACUAUGUCAAUAUGUUCUGAGUUUUGACUUCUGAACUUAUGAAUUGUGAUGUAAUUGAAUACUCUUAGGUUGUUUAGUAUGUUAUUUUGUUUUUUGAAUGUUUGAUUUCUUAUUUUGGAAUGUCUUGUUCAUAUGCAUACCUCAUACUUCAUAGUUCAUAUACAUGAAUGAUGAAUGUUCCUUUACUUUAAAUACAUUUUUCUUGAAUUUUUCUGAUUUUUAC